AUGAUUAAUCAUGUCUUAAUAUUGUUGACAUACUUAUGUCUGUCCGUGUUUGCAUCUGAAAAGUUUGUUGAUAUCAGUUUGAAGGCCAAUUGGUUCAAAACUCCUUUCCCACUGUUACUACUGGAGACAGUUGCAAGUGAGAAUGAAUCAGGCUUUUACACAAUACUUGACGCCAUGUUUGACGUCUCAUUUGAAUCUUUAGAGCUAGAAGAUGAAGAUUUGCAAUUUGAAGCUGUUCCUUUUGUUAAAUCUGAUGAAGAAUUGUACGAAAAAUGGUCUCAUAGGGCUGGGGCAUCGAUUGAAAAGUCGAUAACUGAUAUAUAUCUUGCAAACAAGUACUAUGCUCCAAGGGUUCAAUCACAUUACCAGCACUACAAUGAAGUUCGGUCCUCAAUUUUAGGUGACAAGUGUGGAACUAAUCCUAAGGCGUGGCUCUAUUUCAAUAGUGAAGUAUACUGCAACUCCGAUGAUGUCUUCGCAUUGAAAACUGGCGGCAAGACGGGCCCACCACAAAUCCUGCCAUUCGAUAGAGUCAUUGGUGUCAGAAAUGAUGAAGUUCCUGUUGCAAUUAUUUAUGGGGAUUAUAGAAGCCCUCUUUUUUCACAGUUUAUCUCUAACUUGGCGGGAUUCGUCAAAGAUGGUAGACUGAGAUUAGCUUGGAGGUAUAUUUCUGACGAAUCCGUUUUGCAAAAAGAAACUCUAGCUGGGUAUGGUGUUGAUCUAACUUUAAAGAGAACUGACUAUAUUGUUAUUGACGACAGAGAUAUAGUUCUUGACAAAUCAUUAGAAACAAAGCCCAUUGCGGCUGAAUCCGAUAACUUUUGGGAUGUUUACUCCAAAGAGAUUGAGCCUGUAUCUGAGAAAUACAUUAGGGCAUUGGGUUACAAACUUUCACUUUAUAUCAAGAGCCUUGAAGUGUCCGAGAACGAAAAGUUGGCAAUUCUCACUAAGUUGAUCCAAGACUUCCCAAAGUUUGCAUCUUUCAUUGAUCGUCAGGUAACGGAUACUGAAGUGGAGGAGAUCAUUGAGGAUAGUUUGGAAAACUCAAUUAAUGAUUUACCUCAGGGUGUGUAUAUUAACGGGGCUGUAGUUGACCAAUCCAAGUUAAAUUAUAUGGAGAUCUUGAAUAUUUUGAAGAGAGAAUAUGCAUUCAUCGAUGACAUAACCAAGUUCGGAGUUACAGGAACCCAUGCACAGGAUAUCAUGAGGCGUUUUGCUGCUCACAUUUCCGAUAGGUCAGUUAACAACACUAUGUUCAAGAGAUUUGAUAUUAGAGGCCAUGGAGAAGCUGUUUUUUACUUGAAUGAUAUCGAAACUGAUCCUCAAUAUUCUGGACUUUCAAGCUCUAGAAAAUAUUAUACGACAUCAGUUGCUCCAGGUGAGAUUCCCCCUGUGAGAGAGAACAUUCACGAAUCAGUGUUCGUCAUAGAUCUAGCAGAUCAUAAUCAGGUUUACACGUUGCUACAAUUUUCAUCUGUAAUGCUUUCUAACAGGAUACCACAAAGAGUGGGCUUUGUUCCACUUAUUUCUGAUAAGUUAAGUGAAGAGAUUACUUUGCAGUUUUUAUCCAUCUUUCAAGCUAAGGGCAUAAACCAGGGAAUAAAAUACUUGCAUGAUAUUGCCAUGAAUGUCUUAGGACAGACUCCAAGGGAUAUAAUUUCCGUUGAAUCGAUCACUAAGGUCCCUGUUUCUGAUAAGAAAAAUCUGCUUUCCAAAAUCAACGAGUUCAUCAGUUCCUUUUCAAUUGACCACCCACUACUUAUUACGAAUGGUAAGUUUUUUGAUUUCGUGCAGAACUGGCAGUAUCAUUCCGCUAGAGAGAUAUUUCUGGACAUACUUGACCUGAGCAAUGCGAUCUCCAGCGGUGCACUUUCUGAAGAUAUGAGAGCCCAAGACUACAUUUACCUUGGAUCUCACACUUCUAGGAAUGUCCUUAUCAUAAAUGCAAUUUGUGAAGAAACCAACCUUCCAUCCCUUGUUUCUUAUGAUGAUUUAGAAGUCUUCGAAUCAAUUUCACAGAACCAAAAUCGGAUUGCCACAGUUGUCAUAGAUGGCCAACCAGAUUCGAUCCCAAUUACGUCCUGGUUACUAGGAAACUGCAAGGAUAAAAGGUUUUUGCAGCAGCUCCGUCAUUUGAUAACUGCUGCAUCUGAGUUGGACCCUAUCAAGAUCAAAGUCUACGAAACUUCUUCAAACUCUGAUUUUUCAUCGAGCCUACAGACAGCCAUAAACAAGUCUUUGGUGGAUGUGAUAGCGUUCAUUGAUAACGAACUUGAAAAAAUCAAUGUGCAUUCCCCAGACACCGUAUUGAACGACGAAACCAUAGAUUUUGUCCACAAUGUUUUCAAAAUCAAGCUCUCCAAACCAAAUGAUAUGUACUUAAUUCUUAAUGGAAGGGCUAUUAAGAUUAGAGAUAAGGACAUAUUACUGAAAGACACUGAUCUCAAACUGCUAGUUGAAUACGAAAUAGAUUUCAAGUUGAGAAUCGCUCAUGAACUGUUUUGCGAGUACAACAUCUCUGAACCCAAGAGUUUGGAUACUUUUGAAUUGUUUGAGUAUUUCACUAUGGGCAUCUCCAAUACAUACUUCUUUGGUGACAAUUAUCACCCAGAUCAACGGGUAUUCCCAAGAUAUAAUACUGGCCUUCUCAAUGAUGCAGUCUCCAUUGAAGUUUCAAACUCUGGGCCAUCUAUCAUGGAUGUGACCGUGAUCAUAGAUCCUCUUCAAGAAGAGUCUCAAAAGCUAAUAUCGUUGCUCUCGUUGUUUGAAAAAUUGGAAAGCCUUAAGCUUAACAUUAUCCUGAAACCACAAGAAGCUAGGGAGUUAAACAUUAAACGAUUUUAUCGUGGAGUAUUUCCUAAUUCAGUGAAAUUUUCCUCCGCAGGAGAUGCUAUUGAUAAUGAAGAUAAAGGCCUUUUCACACUGGUACCAGAAAAAACCUUGUUUACAUUAGACUUGGACGUUCCUAACCCGUGGAUUGUUGUGAUUAAGGAAGCUGCCACCGAUUUGGAUAAUGUACUAUUGGAAAAUUCAGGUGAUGUGACAGGUGUCUAUGAGCUGAAAUCGCUUCUAGUUGAAGGGUAUGCACUUGAGAAGAACACAAAAUAUCCACCUGUAGCUUUACCCAUAGAGCUUGUGGGACAUUCCGACACAAGUAUUAUGGCCAAUUAUGGAUAUUUCCAAUUGCAAGCGAACCCAGGAUUGUGGAAAUUUGUUGUCAAGCCCCAUACUAGGGGCUCAGAUAUCUAUCGAUUGGCGAACGUUACAAGUAAGUCUAACGGUGAUACACUUCAGUACACCAUUAUUGACGAGACUGCUAUAAUCUUUGUCUUGGAUAUGAAUGGAAAUGUUAUUCUGCCUGUGUUUGACAGGAAACCUGGCCAAGAGAAUGCAUCUCUAAUUGGCAAUACAGCAACUACUGAAAAAGAUACAGGCCUCAGCAAAUUUUUGUCUUCAUGGCGAAAACAAGAACAACCGAAGAAUGCUGAUAUCAACAUUUUCACAGUUGCUAGUGGGCAUCUAUAUGAGCGAUUCUUGUCAAUAAUGACAAACUCUGUAAUGAAGCACACCAAGCAUACCGUCAAGUUUUGGCUAAUUGAGAACUACAUGUCACCCACGUUCAAGAAGAAUUUACCCUUCCUUGCCCGAGAGUUUGGGUUUGACUAUGAACUGGUCAACUAUAAGUGGCCAGCAUGGCUGAGGGGUCAAAGGGAGAAACAACGAACUAUCUGGGGAUAUAAGAUUUUGUUCUUGGAUGUUUUGUUCCCUCAAAGCCUCGAUAAAGUGAUAUUUGUUGACGCGGACCAAAUAGUUAGAACAGAUCUAAAGGAGCUUGUGGAUUUGGACCUUGAAGGUGCGCCUUAUGGAUAUACUCCAAUGUGCAACGACAGGGAAGAGAUGGAAGGGUUUAGAUUUUGGAAACAGGGAUAUUGGCAGAAGCUCUUGGGUGAUACUCUAAAGUAUCACAUCAGUGCCCUGUACGUGAUUGACUUGAAAACUUUUAGGCAGAUUGCUGCCGGUGAUAGGUUGAGACAACACUACCAGCAACUUUCUCAAGAUCCAAAUUCUUUGUCAAACCUAGAUCAAGAUCUACCAAAUAAUCUUCAGCACCAAAUCAAAAUUUUUUCACUCCCUCAAGAGUGGCUGUGGUGUGAAACUUGGUGUAGCGAUGAGAGUUUAAAGAAGGCAAAGACGAUAGACCUUUGCAACAACCCUUUAACCAAGGAACCAAAAUUAGACAGAGCACGAAGACAAAUUCCAGAAUGGACCCAGUAUGAUGAUCAAGUGCAGCAAAUUAUAAACGAAGCAUCUGCAAGCGCUAGGGAAUCCAUCACUGAACAUGAUGAGCUUUAG